GCCACCACUAUAUUAGCCAACAGAUGUCAUUUUUUUCUCAUCAUACCAACAAAUAGCGGCAAGAAAUAGUAAAUUUGCUAAUAUUAGAAAAGAAUUGGGCCAAUUUCAACCACGAACUCAGACGUCUACAUAAUGAAUGAGGAAUUCAAGUUACCGAAACGUUCCCGCAAGCGUCUACGUGAAGUCAAGCGCCGGGCCCGUCCAGAAUUGGGUGAUAAAGAGGCAUGGUCAGCAUUACGCUACUGCGAGCGUUUUGAUGACUUCAAAAAAUUUGAAGAUAAUGUUGAACGCAUUAAAGAAUCUGAUUUCAGUUGUGACGAGUUUGUAGAGCGCUACGAGAAGCCAUAUCUUCCAGUGGUUAUAGAAGGCUGCCAGGAAGGGUGGCAAGCAGAAGAAAAGUGGACCCUGCCACGCCUCUCCAAAAAGUACAGGAAUCAAAAAUUUAAAUGCGGCGAAGAUAAUGAGGGAUACAGCGUGAAAAUGAAAAUGAAGUACUAUGUGGAGUAUAUGCGAUCUACACUAGAUGACAGUCCUCUAUACAUAUUUGAUAGUAGCUUCGGGGAGCACCAUCGUCGUCGGAAGCUGCUCGAGGAUUAUACAGUGCCCAAAUAUUUUCGCGAUGAUCUUUUUAAACAUUGUGGAGAAGAUCGCCGACCACCGUAUCGUUGGUUCGUUAUGGGACCUGCUCGCUCUGGAACGGGUAUACACAUAGACCCGUUAGGUACAAGCGCAUGGAAUGCUCUUCUUUGUGGACAUAAACGCUGGUGCUUAUUUCCAACACAAACUCCUAAAGAAUUGCUAAAAGUACCCAGUGUCAUGGGAGGUAAGCAACGAGAUGAAGCAAUCACUUGGUUUAGUACCAUUUAUCCUCGCACUAAGCAACUAGACUGGCCAGCCGAUCUUCGACCAAUUGAAAUCCUACAAAAUCCGGGAGAAACAGUAUUUGUGCCAGGAGGCUGGUGGCAUGUAGUUUUAAACUUGGACGAUACAAUAGCCAUCACACAAAACUUUUGUAGUCGCACAAACUUUCCAAUUGUGUGGCACAAAACUUUACGCGGUAGACCUAAAUUGUCCCGAAAAUGGUUCCGUGUACUUCGCGUAAAAGAACCUGAGUUGGCUAAAUUAGCUGAGAGCAUUAAAGUGGAUCAAAGUACGGGUUUCGCUUCAGAUAGCUCCAGUAAUUCGAGUUCAUCAUCCAGUUCCUCAUCAUCUUCGACAGAAAACGAAGGUAAUGGCAUCGAUAGUUGCUCUUCUAAUACAGACAGUGGACAAGAGAGCUUAACGGCGAAGAAAAAGAAAAAGCGGCGCUUAGGAGGCGCGACGGCGUCCAAUUCUUGAUGUCAGUUGUGCGACAAUGACGAAAUUACUAUCAUGGACGAUGGCGUGCAGUGCGCUGUAUAUACAAAUAAUAUCGGAGCUAAACGUACCGACGCUGAAUCAUCCGAUAAUAAGAACUUAAAAAAAAUUCUGCAGAUGCGUUUGCGAUUAUUCCUUCAUUGCAAAAGUUAACAUUUGUAUUACAAGUCAAGAUAAGAAUAAUAAAUUCAUUAUCAAUCAAAAUAACUGUUUAGCUAAAUAAGUAGCAUUUUAUUUGAAAAAUAAUUCUAUAAAAAUGUAAUUCAAUGUGGGUUGGACAUCAGAUAAGCAAAGAU